AGAAAUGGCGCGAAAUGGCGUUGUGUUCAGCAGUCAGUUUCCCGCCAAAAGUACGCCAUCUUACCACACCAAUGCAAACACCAGUCACAGGCGAUUUACGUUUACCUAUGACGACUUGUACAAUUGUUUGUACAGACAUAAUGAACCGCAACUCAUCGAUAUUGAGGUAUUCAAAGGACAAAGAAAAGCAAGCCAAAACGAUGGAAAGGAUACACAAAAAGAAGUUUUGAGUAAGUCACUGAAUGCUGGCUCUAACUACAAUAUUUGCACUCUUGAUCCGUAACACAGAGUUAUAUAAACAAUAUGUUUGCGGUAACUUAAUUUGUACCGUUACGUUAAUUGAUUUUAGGUUUGAAACAUAUGUACAGCCGCCAUAUUAAGACCUUUUCUCAAUUUCUAGACGUUAACAAUCCUUCGAAAAACAGAUAAAAAGGCUGAAAAAGAAAGCUUAAAUGUUUUGUUGUCAGCUUAAAAAAAUAACAAAAAAAUAAUAAUGAUAAUAGCUCGUUAAAAACAAACAAAUGUGUAGUGACUUUUGAAGUCCAGGGGGUACGCAUGUUUGUGAUGGGGAAUGAUAUGAUCCUCCGUGUUUUUAAAACCAAUUUUCCGGCUUCACAAGCAAAAGGAAGUGAACUUUGUGUUUUCAUGAAGGACUUCAAGGAAGACCCCCUAGUGUUGUUUAGUAUAGUAUAGGACUGUAUCAAAUAUAAACAGCCCAUAGGGCUGUAUUAAAGAAUUGGAAAUUCCAAUGUCAACAUUGGUUUAUGUUCCUAAUUAGAGAUUUGACGUUAAAUCUUGUCUUAGACAUUCACUGUCACAAAUACCGAAAAAAAAAAUCUUUUUUUUCCUAAUAAAAAAAUCUUUGUGCCCGAGGGUGUUAAAACAAUUAAUCACUUCCUGUAAGUUGUUUAGUAUCAUCAUAUCUGAAAUAUGCAAAAAAUGUAACCAGUGACAUUUCAAAUUACCUAUCCAAGGCCCUUUUCCUCACUUUUCAGGAAGGCUACGAUGAAAGAUUUGCUGCACUUUCAGUGAAAGUGUUUUCUUGGUGGGCCCACCCACCCAAUGCAUUAAAAAAACCGCCACAGAAGCCACAAGACUUCUUCAGGUCACGAUAUUUCCGGUUUACGGAACUUACAGUGCAUUUGUUUUGUCAUCGAAGAAAAUUCAACAUUCUUUAGACUUUAAUUAGGGGGAGGAGCUAUAACCCAGACAUUAUAACUGGAACACAAAUGAAUUAGCCCUUUGUUUGUAGGUUCUUGAGACUUUCUGAUUACGUGUUGCGCAAAGUUUAUGUUACAACACUUUGGUCAUCGCUAUUUUGGCGGCGUCUUUGAUAUGGAAGUGUUUUGAUUUACACAUAAAAAAAAAAAUCUAUCCUUCUUUAAAAUGAGAAGCGUUAGUUCAAGGUUGUACGGACCCACCAAGCGUUGAACCCAAUAGAAAAGUAGCGAGAAGAGAAAUCUCUUUUAGGUUUGAAGAUAAUUAGAGACCAUUUGCUACUUGAACAGUUUGAGGAGUAUAAUUUGCUCUCUCUGCCAGUGGUGGACAGAGAGAGGAGAGCGCGCCAGAGAAAGUUCAUUUCAAAACCAAGGGUGGGUUUAAAUCAAUUCAUUUUUGUGGACCAUUUUGACUGAAAGAGUAGCACCUCUGCCCCGCAUAGUAGAAUUAAACCAGAAUGACUCCUUUCAAACGUCUUGAUAAAAAUAACUCUUUGAUAAAUAAAGAAAGGGGUGGAACUUAACCCCCUUUUCAUCCUUUUAAAGGGAGGACCCCCGGUCAAAAGGAUAAAUCAAUAAAAUAACGAGGAAAUGAAGGGGGGGGGGGCUGGUUUUUAAGUGAAUCCAAUGUAUUCCAAGUCAUAAUUAAUAGAAACCUUAAGGGUAACAGGUUUUCGUGUUUUGCAAAGUAAUUCGUGUGAAAGUGUAAGACAGUCACCUGGUAACAGAAAAUUUAGAAAGACUGACAACCGAAAGCCUCUGCGAAGCCUGAUGAUCUUGUUAAUUUUUAUGUUAGAUCUGUAAAAAACAUCGCUGAUCAGUCCGAAUAUAGACUGCGAGCAGUCUCUUAUUUUUCUUUGCAAAGUUACUGCACGCGAAACCUAAGCUCAAUCGUCGUUAUUUGCAAGCGCGCUGGAUGAGAUAAGAACUAGACGGAGUUUAAGAGAAAAUGUGGACUUCAAGCAGUCUAGUCCGAAUAUUAUAACCAGUGCUAAGGGAGGAAAUACUGCAAUACUUAUCAAACAGAGGGUGUUAAGUAUUUUACAACUGUAAAGUCUCAUUUUAUAUCGGUUAGCUAAGCUACAAUCGUCGACAGAAUAAAAUGGAAAAGCAGACCGCCUUUCCCCCGAAAUCAAGGAAGCGGUGCGAAAGCCAAACCGUGCCAUUUCUCCAUCCUUGAUUUGGGGGGAAGACGGGGGGGGGAGGACUGGGGGCUGGGGUCUUCGAGGCCACACCCUUUUUCAGGUCGGUGGGAGUGAAAUGUUUUUUCUCUUAGUGGACCUUGGCCCUGGCUUUAAUUACAAAGCUUUGGAUUGAAUUACGAAACUGUAAAGCCAACUACGUCUGUUUUGAACCAAAUAAAGCGGGUUUAAUGAGGGUUUAAUACAUUCCUGGUAGUAUGCCAAAGAUUAAUUCCGUUAAAAGUAUUAUUACUUAUUAUCAAGGUUAGCUUUACAGACAACAUUUAUUAUUCAGACUCUAAGUAUGUCUUGGAAUGUUUUUCAUACUUAAUAAAUACAUAUCACUUUUUCCUGUUCUUGUGUUUCGACGGAAGUAUUUUCUGAAUUUUUCAGGAGGGUGCAUGGGGAGCAACGUUUAAAUAAGCGUGAAAGACUACUUGAUUUAUUGACAUUACGUACUUUACUGCCGUCACCCCAGCUUUGCUCACGUUUCUGACACGUUUUUGUUUUUGCUUCUUUUUGGUCUCAACGGACAUUUCCCACUUUUGUAAAUAAAAGGCCCUGGAGUUGUGAUUGACUCCCAAGAUAACGGGUGGGGGGUGGGGGAAGUUCCCAUCUCCCUUGCUAACGUGAAGGAACCUCCAUCAAAAUGUUCUCCAAAGAUCCUUCUGAUAGACAGAAUUUCAGACCGAAUUCCAACGGCCUGCGUAGGUGGCGGUUGUGCCUCGCAUGCGAGCAAAUGAUCUGCGAAAUGGCGAGGGCGUGUGCGAACAAAUGUAACCUCAAAUGAGCGGGUUUUGCGCCUCAUUCUCCUCGCGGCUUCGGCGCUCGUUCGUGCUCCCGUCCGAUUGCCCUUCCCCAACAAAGCCGUGAGCUACGAAGGCUAGAAUUUCAACGACCCGUAACCGUUGAGUUUGUUUUUAGAUUGUGAAGCUUGCCGCUCCAAACAAGGCGACUGCCCAGCUCACAAAGCACUGACAAGAAAACUGGUGAUACCUGGACAGAAACAGCCAGUCAAGUUUAGUUACGCCAUAGCUUCAUUUCCGGAGGAAGUGCAGUUGUGUGUAUCGAGCAUUCCUGGAGCGGGAUGCGGAGUCUGCGCCAAGCAGCAUAUUCCCGUGGGCACAUGGAUUGGUCCGUAUGAGGGAAAACAUGUCAAAUGUGAUGACGUCAAACCCAACACUGAUACGUCAUACAUGUGGGAGGUACACUAGAACGUUCUGUCGUUUGAUAAAUAUUUGGCAUUAACCGUUUAACUCCCAAAAGUUGCCAAAGUCAAAAUUUGACCAAAUUUCCAAAUUUCAUUUGUCGAAUGCCGAAAAAACAAGUAAUAACAUGUGAUGGUACUCAAUCUGAACUCACGCCACACUACACAUCUUAACUGCAGACUGAAAAGUUAGAACGACCUUUCAACUCUCCAUCUUUCACUCCGGAGGGAAAGGGUUAAAAGUAGCUUUGUGUAGAUGGCGAUAUUGAUUUACCGAGUGCAUUAUCACGAGGGGCUUGUGCAAAUUGAGAUAUAGUCAUUUAGAUCACUCUCUGGUACAAGGCGAAACAGCCCGGGGGAAACAAUCCUGCCUGCAAUACCAUCUCCAAGGCAUGAAUACUCCAUAAUCAACGGUUUUCAAUUAAUAUUUCAUUCCAAAUAACUCAUGUUGACUUGCGUGUAUUCUCAGAUCUUUUUUUGCAAAUUAUGAACGACUGGAACAACUCCUUCUUAAUAGUGCUUUGUUGCACCCGUGUCUUAACCCUUCACUCCAAUGGCCAUCCCUCCCUUUGUCUUUUUCGUUUAGCGUCAAAUGCGUCUCCUGAUUUUCCGGUCGGUUGGUCGGAUGAAAGAACAAACCUUAAAAAAAGAGAACAAAAUCACAAAAAAUCGGUGAAUAGGAGGCCUGAAACCCCAGCAUCAUUGUCGUGGAACCUGGAAACAACAAGACAAGGUCACGACUGAUCCACACAAACUCAAUAUGGCGGAAAUUAAUGAAAAUAUGAUGGUCGAUGUCAUUAUGGUAAAAAGCAAAAAGGAGAUACUCUACCGAACCUUCUAUGCCUGGAAAUUCUGUUAGAAUGGUCAUUUUUCAGAUUAAAAGAAUUGAUUAAGGUAAAAAGGUUUAACUAUGUCGUUUUUUUUCCUUUGAAAAUGCCCAAAAUUUGGCUCGGUCGGACGAUGCUAAACGGAGAAAACGGGGGAUGGUUUAACAGUCACCAUUGAAACUUACACAUUUUUUUUUUUGUAACAUCCUAAAAAAUAAAUAGUACUACGCUAAGACACUACCAAAGAUGUUUCACUAGAAGGUUAGCAUCGUAGGAUUUCGUCCACAUAUGUAAAAGUUAGUAUGAAAAAUCAUCUCACCAUCAGGACUCGAUCUAUGAAAGAAAGGGUUAGAAUUUAUGUCGUAUUAACUUUCUUAACGGUAAUAUAUUAUUUAUAUAUUUGCACCCUUUCCUUAAAGAUUUAUCAAGAUGGCAAACUUUCUCACUACCUCGACGCGAGUGACGAAAAUACAUCGAGCUGGAUGCGCUUCAUCCGCUGCGCGCGCUACAGAGAAGAACAAAACCUUUUCUCAUUCCAAUACUGCGGUAACAUUUACUACAGGGCGUUCAGGGAGAUUUCCGUGGGGGCUGAACUUCUCGUAUGGUAUGAUGAAAAAUAUCCUCAGGAUAUGGGAAUACCGCUGGAAGUGCAAGAUAUGGCGCUAGUAGAUCCCAACGGUAUGUCAAAACAGUGACGAAGCAACUUAGUUUAGGUAAUUCAAAGCAUUGUUUUCAGAAACUAUAUGUAGUGAUUGUUACUAGUUCACUUGUUGUGAGAAUGUCCACUGCUUCAAGGUUGCAAACUUGAUUGGUAAAUACAAAGCAACAAAAGAACACCCCUUGAACCCAUCUACCUCAAUUACAGGCUCAUUUUUCACAGAUGAUAGAUAGAGCUUUGCACAAAAAUAUGAUAUUUUCUCUCCCGGCUUAGUUGGUUAAUGUGCGGCUUUCUGUGCAAAAGGUCGCAGAUCGAUUCCCAGAUGUAACCUCAAUCCUUGCCUCCUCUUACCACACCUUUUAUUCCUUUCCGUGUUGGGAGCUUUAAACUGAUAUCUUUCAUACGGAGCGCUGAUGGGAAGAGGGGGUAUAACGAGCGCGCCGCACAAAUUCGUUGGCCUCAGGUUUGUUGGUCCCAGACGAUGACCAUUUCGAGCUGCUAACGUAAAAUAAGGACCCCUUGCCUUGACCUUUUUUUGUUAUAUAUAGAAAGGAAUUCGCGGUGUUAGAAUGAAGAAUCGGUCAGCUUAAUUGUUUCAUAUACAUCAGGCACUGAUCUGAGCCUUGAGGGACGUAAAAGAGCCUCCAGGGGCAUAACAAUAUCUCGCAGUGACAACCCCUUACGGCUAUUCUUCGUGGAAGUGGGGGUGAGUAGGGGCCGCAUUUCGUAUGGAACCUGUAAGCCCUAUUCGUACCCAUCCCCUCUGAGUGGGCAUAUCUGUGCCCAGUUUGUUACACGUGGUACUUUUCAUUUACAUUGCAUUUUUAAACCAAGAGAUAUCUUACCCUCUCGAGCUGAUAUCGAAAACGUUUUCCCCCAUCUUCUAGGUACCAGACUCCUGCAAGAGGUGUUAGCAGCUCAAGGCCAAAUUCAACCAACAGACAAAUCAAACGAAGCACCAAAAUUUUCCACGCCCGUCUCCACUCAGCCAGCAGUUACCUCGCACACUCCUUCCAAGAAAACGUCCCGGAAGUCACCUGUAUCACGUGACAUGAUACCCAAUAACAAUCACAUUUCAUGGCACCAGAAGAUUCCUAGUCCUGUUGUUUCGAACAUCAGGCCUCCCUCGGGCGACAGUUCAGUCCGCGCUGAGAGAACUCGGCACAUUUCGGAUCCUGUUAUUGCUUUAAAGGAAGAGCGCAUUCUGGUUGAAGAUUGCGACGACAAUAAAAGAUUCAAGCUGUCGCCGGAGAGCAGCGAGAUGAGCUUGAUGAAAUGCGGUCAAUGUAACCAGUCAUUUGCUCAGAAAAACAUGCUCCAGGUCCACGUGUGUCCGCACAUUCCAAGAAGGCCAUACAAGUGCAAUUACUGUUCAGAGUCGUUUUCUUUCCCCAACGAACUACGCACGCAUGUUGUCACUCACGCUAGCGAUAAGCCAUUUAAAUGCGGUUAUUGCUCGCGCACAUUUGCUGGAGCGACAACGCUGAACAAUCACAUUCGUACUCACACGGGUGAAAGGCCAUUCCUCUGUGAAAAAUGCGGCAAAACAUUUACACAGGCAUCCCAACUAAGCAAACAUCAACGAAUUCCACACGAGUGCGCACAUUAAUCCCUGGGUCAAUGAAUAUAUAUAUAUCGAAAGUUUUUAAUUGAAUUACCACACCACAAAAUUUGCUCCACAGAGUCAAAAUUUUCAGUAUCUUGUUUAGCUUAUAACCCUUUCAUUCCUAAUAGAGGCCAAGGAAAAGAUUCAUAUUUUCUUUUGUAAAAUCCUAUAAAGUAAAUAGCACAGUGCAAAAGUCCUACCAAAGAGGUUUCAUUUGAAUGGAAACACGAGAGGAUUUCAUCCACAGAUUUAAAAAUUAGCGUGAUGAAUUAUCUCGCAUUACAUUAUCUAGGAGUGAAGGGUUAAACAAUCUCCGGUUUUAGUACUCCUGGAUAGGUUCGGAUUGAAUGGCCAAACCCAAGGACUGGGACCACAGACUCCAAAGUUUAACCUAGACUCUUCCAUAUUUCGACUCUGGGACUGUAGGGGUUAAAUCUAGUCAUCUAAUUACGAUCUCAUAUAUUUUACUUGACUAUUGCUGGUUUGCACGAAACGUCAGGGAGGCAAUGUAGGUGGUUAAGAAUCAAAGCAUUACUCUCCCCUGGGAACUAAACUCCAUUUUCAUGUAAAUUCUUAGAGAAAAAUUCUAUUGUUUUGACCCCCAGCAUGGCUGCCUUGUCACGUGGUUGCAAACCAAGAAUAGAAUGUAUUCAUAAAUGACUACUGGUGUGUACUUACUCGCCAGAUUUUAGUUGUGUAGUAUUAUAGAUAAACUAAAGCUAUGCUCCGGUAGAUACCUCGAUCAUUCCAAGAAAAUUGUCGAAAAACAUACUUUCCUAAUUGCUGAAUACUGACGAAUCGGUUCGAAUCCCAUCUGGGGCUCAGAUUUUUUCUGUGUCCUCUUAUGGUUGAUUCUUUACAUCUCCCUUUAUUUCCUUUAAAAUACUAGUAUCAGUGGCAUAGACUGACGAUAUUAUUUUAAAAUUAAAAAACACGAGCCAUAAGGAGUCUUUUGCGUCUUCACAAAUAACUGUAUUCCUUAAACAACUUCAAAGAGAAUACUUUUGAUCUUGUUUUUGAUCGUUUGUCAUUGAGCUUCUUUCGUGCAUUUUUAAGGCAUUGAAAAUCAAUGUUUGUUUGCAGUAGCAAAAAAUUAUUCAAUUAUUUCUAGCUAAUUUGAAUAGGUAGAAAUCAUGUGUUAAGAGUCAAGUUCUACCGGAGCCUAGCCUAUGACGUCGACUUCGUUAGAAGUUUUGCGCUCACAAUAUAAACUUAAAGUUAGUUAUGGAGCUGUUUUUGAGUCAAAAGCUAAUCAAUGAGCAAUACACUGAUACAUGUGCUUUCAUGCGCAAAACGCUUACAUAGAAUUCACGAUUGGCCUGGGUUCUGUUCUGCAACAGAGCGUUUUCACAUGACGUUACCUGGUCCGCCAUACUGGUGUCCGAAAACAAUGUUCACAACCAAUCCUGCGUUCUUACGUAAAAACUUUCUCGUGAUUUCCAAUAAAUUUGCGUAACCGUUUUAGAACCGUUGUACAGAAUAAUUUGACAUGGUCUCACUUGGUGAUCCAGUUUGUGUUUGUGCACAUUAAAGGAGUAGUUAGGUUGCUAAGCAACGUAACCAACAGUCUACGUAAGACUAUUUUUCCAUGUCAUUCCAUGAAUAACCUUUAAAAAUUAUAAACAUUUGCUACCUUAAGCUGAAGGUCAUACUUUAACAUAGGCAAUAGGCUAUUUUCAUGAUUUAAAGCAGUCUCCUUUCGAAGCCGUUGAAAUUAAAAGAUUGCGUCGACACCUAAUACAUGAAUGAAAUGAUGUUUGUGUAGGAGACUGCUAGUUUCAAAAUCUGUGAAUAUGAGGGACUUCUUCUUUGCUUUCAUUUUCCCUUGUGUUCAUUUCACAAUUCAAUGACGAAUGGUGUCUUCCGCCAGAAAUAAUAAUCAACUAUUUUCAUAAC